GCGUUUUUGUGCCCUGGCUGAUCCAACCACUGCCAGUGAGUGAUACUGUUUUCCUUUUGUAUUCGCCACUUCAGUACGAUCGAGCAUCUUAAAGUGUUAUAUGGUAUUCGGUGCGCUAGUCGGACGUGUUGAUGGGUGUGCGCGAAAAAGGCGUAAUUUCGUUAUUAAAUUGAACAAAAAAAAAAACAACACAGAGCCAACCAAUUAAAAAAAAAACAAAAACACCAAAAAUUACACUAAGCUAUAUUAAUAAAAAAUCUUAAUCGGUUUAUUAAAUGCUGCGUUUAAAGUGCCUACGUGUGGGAUUUGACAAAAUCUUAAUAUCCGAUUAGUCUGACAGUAAAAUUUUGUAAAGAAGUCAGCUGAAAAAAAUCACCGUAAUAUGGUCACCUUAAUGCCAUACAGUUAUUCUGCACCAAGAUGUGGACUAAUUGAGAAAAUGAUUGAACCUAAGGUUAAACGUCCGAAGACAGAGCACACGGAUACAAAUGAACGAAAUCGACUCUGCUCUCAAACCACCGCUCAAUCGCCUCAACAGCAGCAGCAACAACAACAACAUUCGCAUCAGCCUCAACACCACACUUCACAACUUCAUCCUCACUCCCUGCCUCAUACACAAUCGCCUCUGGGCGCAGCUGCCGCGGGCACAUCGGCAGCGUCCGGACAAUGCAGCCCGCUAACGCUGCCGCCGCAGUCGCAACCACUGCAGCCAACAAUCACUUCGCUGGCGUCACUUAGCAGUCAUUACAAUGCGGCCCCCAACCUAAAUUCCAGCUGUAGUCUAUCGACUGGGCUAGGCGCCUACCCCUCGUUAAGCGCCGCCGCCGCUGCGUCGUUCACCCAGUCACCCGGCAGCAGUUUUUCCACAUAUCAGCAUCCACAUGCGACGGCUGACGGCACGCCCAGCGGCGUCGAUGCCACAACGAGUCUAAGUAACACGAGCGUGGCGGGCGCUGGACGUCACUCUCAUGCGGAGUUAGGUGUUGGCGUGGGUGGCAGCGACAGCGCGGGCAUGCCCCAUUGGCUACCGACAGAGUCACACUUGGCAUCUGUGAAGUCGGAGAAUCGCAGUCCUGGUCUUAAUAACAGCGGCGGUGGCGGUGGAGGUGUUGCAUCUAAUGUGAACGCCAACAGCAGCGGCAUUGAAACGCAAUCAACUUUGGGCGGCAACAGCGCUGCACAGCUAGAUGGCAAUAGUGGCAUGACGGGCAAUGGUGGCACACCAGGCAAUAGCUCAGUCUACAGCUGCUCCUCCGUCGGCGUUGGCGGCUUGAGCGGUUUGGAAAGCACUGUGGCGGGCAUUGGCACCAACUCUUCGUCCAGCGCAGCGAUGGCGGCGGUUAAUUCAUCAGCUGCAGCAGCUGCUGCAGCGGCAGCUUACGACACCAGCAAACACGAUUAUUACAACUACUACAACAGCAUGCAACAGUAUACGCCGCCGUUCUACUCCACCUACGGCACACCUUACACCACAGCGGCUACGCGCGCAGCCACUAAAAUCGAGCCCAGCUCGCCAUACUUGACAUCAUCAUAUGCCACUGCAGCAAGCAACAAUAAUUCCUCGCAGCUCUAUCCGACCGCAUAUGGUUACAACAACUUUGCGCAGUUCGGCACAGCAGCAGCAGCUGCAGCGCAGCAGGACUACAGCGGCUACUAUAACGAUCAGUAUGGCAACUAUUACAACCCUGCCAGCUAUUCACCGUAUGCAGCUGUAAGUUCGCCCAGUUCGAGUGCGGCCAGCCACGGUUUUCAUGUGGGCGCUUCCAACUUGUCGGAGAGUCCUACAGAUACGCACUCGACCACACCGAUUUUGCAUGCCACACAUUCACCACACUCGCCGCUGCCGAUCUCACCGAAUGCCAAUGCCGCGGCGCUGAGCACGAAUGUAGCGGCAGCAGCGACGGCAACACAUGCCAAAAGCACGCCAACCAGCAAGAGUGGGCGUUCGCGCGGACGACGCCACCAACAGCCCAGUCCAACACGCAGCACCACUUCGGACACACCAAACAGUGAUGCGGCCAAGCCGCCCGAACGCGUCUUCAUUUGGGACCUGGAUGAGACGAUCAUCAUUUUUCAUACGCUACUUUCCGGUUCCUUCGCCAAUCGCUACACCAAAGACCAAAGCACACUGCUGACGAUCGCCUUCCGCAUGGAGGAGAUGGUCUUCAAUAUGGCCGACACGCAUUUUUUCUUCAACGAAAUUGAGGAAUGCGAUCAGGUGCACAUUGAUGAUGUGUCCUCCGAUGACAAUGGACAGGACUUGAGCAAUUACAAUUUCGCGACGGACGGUUUCCAUUCGGGCGCGCCACCCGGUGCGCCGCCAAAUCUUUGUCUGCCAACUGGCGUGCGCGGAGGUGUCGACUGGAUGCGCAAGUUGGCGUUUAGAUAUCGGAAAAUCAAAGAGAUCUACAACACCUACAGAGGGAACGUUGGUGGACUGUUGGGUCCCGAGAAGCGUGAUGCCUGGCUGCAAAUACGCUCGGACAUUGAGAUGGCUACCGAUAAUUGGGCUUCGCUGGCCACGAAGUGUCUGAAUAUGAUUGCGCAGCGCGAGAACUGUGUGAAUGUGUUGGUGACGCAGACCCAACUCGCGCCUGCGUUGGCUAAAGUGCUGCUCUUCGGGCUCGGCAGCAUAUUCUCCAUUGAGAAUAUCUACAGCGCGCAUAAGAUUGGUCACGACACCUGUUUCGAACGGAUUAUGACGCGUUUUGGCCGGAAAGGCACCUACGUUGUUAUAGGCGACGGCACAGAGGAGGAGAAUGCGGCGAAGACAUAUAACUUUCCAUUUUGGCGUAUCUCGUCGCACAGUGAUAUUCGCGCCCUCUACACGGCGCUCGACAUGGGUUUCUUAUGAAAGGCGCGCUGCUGCAGCUGGGUAUAUUGCGCGACAAUUACACUGUAAAAAUAAGAAGUAAAUUAUAUGAUGACAAUUGUAAUAUUAAAUAGUAUUGAGUUAAUUGAAAAAAAAAAAAAAAAAUACAACAAAAAAUAUAAAAUAAAUAAAUAAGUGAAAACCUCUUGCAUAUAAAUUAAAUAUUGUUGUAGCUAAGCAAAUGUACGCACUAAAGAUUAAAAGACUUAAUCAUUGUAUUUAGUUAAAGAAAAAUAAUAAUUAAUUAAAUAAUAAAAAAAUAUGUCUAACACUGAAAAAUCUAAAACUGUAAAAAAUUAAAAAUUUUAUUUGUUGCCUGAUUGCAAGAAAAAAAGAAAAACAAAAAAAAAAAAAUAUGUACAAAAUUAAUGCAACGUGUCUUCUUUAAGUUGUAUUAUAUUUAUUGAAAAUAAACUUAUUACAUUUGGUUUACACUUUGACGUAAAUAAAAAAAUAAAAAUAAAAACAUUUUUUAUUAAUUAAAUUUUGCUCCACUUAUCGUGCGCACGAACGGAAAGACGAACGAACGGACAUGGCUAAAAGGAUUAUUCUCCUUAAUUUGGGCAUUUUUGUAUAACCUAACGCAAUACCCCACACAAGCCAACCAUAAUAUGAUGGCAACCUAACACUACACACGUGCAACCAAAAAGUCAUUGAGGAAAUGCGAUAGACGCUCCCGCUGGAAAGACCUACUCAGCAGAGUACCGGUCACCGGGCAAGCACACGGGCCAAAUCUAAGUCUUAGUAUUAGAAUUAAUUAUUAAUUUGUAAGUUCAGUUGUAAAAUAUCAAGCAACCAAUAAAGAGCGGUCUCGUCCGGAACCAUUUUUUUUUGUUAACCACCGUAGCCGGGUAGUUUAACUUAACACAUGUGCUGAAAAGUCCCGCGCCUAACAUUGGAAAACAUGUUCUUUUGUGUUCAAAAUUAGUUUUAUUCAUCAACGUAAGUUCCAUCAAACACAACGCAAUCAUUUCAGCGCCUCUCUAAUAUUUCAAUAUCACUUUGGUGAUAGGCCUCAAUUUUUAGCUGGUACCUUUU